ACAUAGCCAAAAGUUUUUGAUUGUACUGAUUUCAGCGCAGUCGUCACGUGCCGACUGUGGUGCUCGAUACUAUACAUAGGAGUCUCUGGGACUACAACAUGGAUCAUUCAUCUCUUCAUUCUCAACUUCCAUCAUCCAUCUUAUGGCUUAUUUUGACGAAGAUUCGUACCGUCUUCCGGAGGGCAUAAAGCGGAUUGCAUAUGAUGCUGAUACCCAGCAGUAUAUUUUCCGCGACCGCUCCGGUCAACUUUACCAGAAUCCUUCAGGAGAGACGUAUGGUGUUCUGAGACCUGUGUCAGCACCUGCCACUCCUCGUCGCAGUGUGACCAUAACAGAACGCAGGGACCCUGCUCUCAUCCGUGCCCGCUCUGUCAAGCGCCCCGCAAAGACUUUCGAUGACUUCCUUCCCCGAGAAUACAUCACCAACGCAAAGGAGUCCAGUUCUGCCCCCGACUCUCCCAACGAAGCUAUCACGCGGGCGAACAGGAAUCGUGCGCUACCAAAGAUCCCAAAAAUUGGGGAGACCAUACGUUCCCGGGCCAUUUCACCUCGCGAGUCGGCAGAUGAAGAAAAACGCUACUUACUCGACGAUCGCGCUGCCAGUCCCACCUCAUAUGCGACUCAUGAUGAUGAGAAGGAGUUGAAUCGCUCAAAUUCUAAAGCGUCUUCUAUGUUGUCAUUGCCUAUCAUCGAUACACAUAUUAAUUUAUCCGGUUUCAUAUGACUGUCGAAAUCAUUGUAUCACAUUUGUAGCACCACUGCACCAUCUCUGGACAGGAUGUGAUAUACAAAUCAAAGUUCAUUUGACCUGGCGCUGGUGUAUCUGUACCGCUCAGCAUGUAGCACAGAGAUUAGCCCCAGCUGUUAAAGUGAUCAAGAGUUGUUCGACGUCGGAGGCUUGUGUCGUCACUGUCAUGACAACCCCAAAACAAAAUAGAAUCAAACAAAA